AUGAAGAUAGAGAUAGCGGACAAGAUCUUGGCGUUGAUCUCGUCAAGCCCGCCCGACUUCUCACAGAUUCCUGAGCUUCAGAAGCAAAGUGAAAAGCUUGACUUGGAGAAGAACAAGCUCGAAUCGCUCAUCAAGGAGCGCGAGGAAGAAGAAUGCAACGGACCUCCGCCACCGUCGCAACCACCUUCCUUCUCUUCUCCGCAACAGCCGCGCACAAUGCCGACCAGAACCGCCUACACGGGGUCCAGUUCGUCCCGCUCCUCGUACGACGGGGACGACGACAACGACCUACUUGAGAUCUAUGACAGGGCGGUGGGCUACAGCUCCGGCAGCUCGAAUCAGUUCAGCGCUUCUUCCUCAUCUUCUUCCUCGUCGUCUUCCUUCGGGCAUCCUGCCAACUAUUCGAACUCGAACACAACGGACUACUCGGAGGACUACGAAGCUGAACCCAUGGACAACCGUGGAUCGAACCAGCAACGAAUCAACGCGGGCACCAGUUAUGGGGGAGAGGUCGUGGAUGACGACUUCUCCACCUACAAUGCCCCGGUCGAUGGAGCAGAGGCGCCAAGCGCGGAGGAGAACCAGUACAUCACAGCAUCCGACGAUGACUCUGCCCACCUUGCGGAGUGGCAACAGAAGUUUGACUGGGAGCGCAAGAUUCACGCUGCAAACAGGAACCUCUUCGGUAAUCGCACGUUUAGGCCCAACCAAAGAGAGAUCAUCAACGCCACGAUGGCCGGACGCGACUGUUUCGUCCUCAUGCCCACCGGAGGCGGUAAAUCGUUGUGCUAUCAGAGUGUUGAGCAGCAGCCUUUUGCCAAAAUGCCAAUGAUGUCCACUCACUCGUCGUACAGCUUCCUGCAGUGUGCCAAGACGGAGUGA